AGCCAUCUCGACCAGACAGACCCCUGGUGCCUCUGUUACUUCAAUCGUUCGGAACUCCUCGUGCGCCCUGCCCAUCCUAUCCUGAUUGGUGGUCUCCCCUCGAGCUCUCUGUCUAACCUCGCGCGUCUAUCUAGGCUUGCCGCCAGAUCUUCCUCUUCCGGUGCCGUGACUCGCCUCGCCCGACGCCGGCCCCUAUCGUUCGAUCAUCCCACCGUUUCGACGUCGAUCUCAGAUUGCCUCUGGAGGAACGGUACCAGGCCGCCUGCGGUUUUUCUCUACUGCAGACGUGUUUUUGCAGAGACUAUAACCCGGGGUGGUUCCGCCUCAGGACCCUAUGUUGAAGAGAAGGAGAGAACGUAUCCGAUCCCCGACUCCUCCUCUCUCCUCCCCCAUCGCCUUGAGCUCCGCCUGGCUCAACCAACCCCUCCCCACGAACCUCUUUCAGCCAAAUAAGUCACGGUCUCAUCUGCCACGUUAAAUGGCAGAUGGUACCUACAGGUUCCAGCAGCCUGGGGCCGGGCAGUUCUUUUUCCAAACACAACAACAACGACACCUCGUCCGAAACGGCACCAACUCGCCGACUGGAAGGUUGAAAUUCAGCCACGACACUCCUUCUCCUUCUCGUUCCCCUCCCCUCACCCAAGCUGCUGCGCUCAAUCCAUUCACCAUGUACAGCCAAACCCAUCAAGGGCAGCAUGUCAUGAUGAAUGGGGGCCAGGCCCACCAACGGUUUGGCAUGCAAAUCCCCAAGUUCCAAUCUCAGAACCAUCACCCCCACCAUGCUCAACAACCACAUCACCAUUCACACCAUAACCAGGCUUCUCACAAUAUAAACCACCAGCACAACUUCUCCAGCGGGGCAUUGGCCACCACUACCCCACACUUCACCCCGAGCCAUAUGCAAAACGGAGUUCACGCUACUCUUGACGAGGAUAUUGACGAGUCCAUGAACGAACACUGGCAGCAACAGCUUCAGCUGGCUGCCGAGUCGAGGCAGGCCAAUUCGCCACACUAUCACGCCCGAUCAGUCGCACAGCAAGCCAAGGGCAUCCAAAUCUCUCAGCCCGAAACGAAUGAAAAUGGGGCUGAUGGACGUAAUGGCUUGGCCAAGAAGAAAGCCGCUCCAAGGCAAGGCUGGCAUGCCCUCGAUUUUGGUGGACAGGGAUUACGCGCGCUUACCACCUCUCUGUUCAACUAUGUUUUCUUGGAAAAGCUUUACUUAAACCACAACAAACUCAAGGCCCUUCCACCAUCAAUUGGUCAGCUACGAAAAUUGAAUCACCUGGACCUGUCGGGCAACGAUCUCACUGAGCUCCCUGAAGAGAUUGGAAUGCUUACAAGCUUAAAGAAGCUUUACCUGUUCGAUAACAAUCUCCGUACACUUCCUUAUGAGAUGGGAUACCUCUAUAGGCUGGACACUUUAGGUAUCGAAGGCAACCCGCUCAGUGAUAUUCUCAAGUCACAGAUUAUGAAGGAAGGAACCAAAGCUCUGAUCAGAUAUUUGAGGGAAGAAAUGCCAGUUCACCUUCCACCUACUGACAGAGACUGGGUCAUCCUUGACGAAACCGCGAACUCAUCAAAUAACCCCACAGAGAAAAUCACCGUUCUCUCAUACAACACGCUGUGUGACUCGUCUGCUACCCCGUCACACUAUGGCUACACUCCCUCCCGCGUUUUGUCAUGGGAGUUCAGAAGAGAACUCAUCUUGAAUGAGCUGCGGUCUCAUGAUUCGGAUAUUGUCUGUCUCCAAGAAAUCGAUCAGGGUAGCUACAAUGACUUUUUCCGGGAGCAGCUGGCCUACAAUGGCUACAAGGGUGUGUAUUGGCCACGAGGAAGGGCCAUGGGUAUGCAGGAGGAAGAGGCCAAAUCGGUUGAUGGCUGUGCUGCUUUCUUCAAGGGAAACAAGUUUAUACUCCUGGAUAAACAAGUCAUCAACUUCGGCCAGACUGCAGUGCGGCGACCAGAUGCCAAGGGGCAAGAUGACAUCUAUAACCGACUCUGGCAAAAGGAUCACAUCGCCGUCGUCAUUUUCCUAGAAAACCGACUAACUGGUUCUCGGUUUAUCGUCGUGAACGCUCAUCUUUACUGGGACCCCGCCUUCAAAGAUGUCAAGCUAAUUCAGACAGCCAUUCUGAUGGAGGAACUGACGAAACUCUCGGACAAUUACGCCAAAUGGCCCGCGUGUACCGAUAAAGCAGCAUUCCGGUUUUCUGAAGCGGAAGGCAACUCGGAAGCAUCGACCCCUGCAGAGCCGGCGCCGUCCGUCGAAUAUUCCAGUGGUGACCAGAUUCCCAUGUUCAUGUGUGGUGAUCUCAACUCUGCCCCUGGAUCGGCAGCGUACAAUUUGAUCGCGAAUGGACGACUUACCGAAGCGCACCCCGAUCUGGAGAAGCGUCUUUACGGUAAUCUUAGUCGGGUUGGAAUGACGCAUCCAUUCAAGUUGAGAUCCGCCUAUGGUAACAUUGGUGAAUUGAGUUUCACAAACUACACGCCGGAUUUCUGUGACAUCCUUGACUAUGUCUGGUAUUCAUCCAAUACGCUGCACGUGUCAGCAUUACUCGGGGAGGUGGAUAAAGAGUACCUAAAGAGAGUGCCCGGCUUCCCCAAUUUUCAUUUUCCAAGUGACCAUGUCGCAUUGUUUGCGGAGUUUACAGUUAAAGGCAAAAAGGGUAAGGUUGUGGAGGCGGAUUUCGGACCGCAACGGAAUUAAGGGUAUGAAGCAUAUCGAAUCUCAUGAGACUGGUGUUUGUGUAGCCGGUUUUUCUUGUCAUCUCGGAAUCUUUGGGGGUAUUGCGUGUGUCUGUGGUGUUCUAUUAUUGCCCUGCUUAUCCUUUUUUCAUCUUACUUUCUUGUGAGUUUUUAUUUGCUUUGAUUGCUGUCGCCAGUGGGCCUUUGUUUUCAAUUGAACCCGCUUAUCAUAUUCUUGGAAAGUAGUCAAUGGCGCAGCAACCUUCCUUUUUUCAUCUUCUUUCUGUUGGGUGCAUGUUUGUCUUCAUCUUCCUUUAUUCUCCUUUUUUUUCGAAUCUCAAUUUCGUCCUAGCUCAUCUAACGUCAUCAUC